ACCAACAUCUUCCUCCGUCGAAUUCUUCUUCCUAAAUCCCUCUGCAUAAAAUGUACGCCUUAGCUCGAUCGCGAUUCCGAAUUUUGAGAACUAAUCGGCGUUUUUUAUCCACCGUUCUUCUCCAAGACCAACAUCCUCCUCCGCCUCCUCUCCCUGAACCUUCUUCCGCCGCCGCCGCCGGAGCUGAGAACAAGUCAUGGAAUUUUCUCAAGUACAGCCUUGUUGCUGCCCUCGCCGGCGGUGCGGCUACUGCUGGUUAUGCUACCUACGUGCCUGCCAAUUUAGUUGAACUCUACCUAGAUCUGAGGCGCUUGACUGAAGAACAAGUUCGAGAUUAUAGUGAACCAUCAUCAGACAAAAUCCUGCCAGAUUUGCAUCCAUUGGAGCAACAUGUUUUUACCAUUGUCCUCGAUUUGAGUGAGACAUUGGUCUACUCUGACUGGAAGCGUGAAAGAGGCUGGAGAACAUUUAAAAGACCCGGGGUUGAGGAUUUUCUGGAACACUUAGCUCAAUCUUUUGAGAUAAUUGUAUACUCUGACCAACAGAGCAUGUAUGUCGAUCCUAUUGUCGAUAGAUUGGAUUCAAAGCAGUGUAUCCGGUAUAGGCUAUCAAGCGGAGCAACUAAAUAUGUGGGUGGCAAACAUUACAGAGAUCUUUCCAUGUUGAAUAGGGAUCUAUCAAGGAUUAUAUAUAUUAGUGGUAAUGCAUUAGAAAGUAGCCUUCAACCAGAGAACUGUGUAGAAAUAAAACCAUGGAAAGGAGAUGUGGAAGAUACCACUUUAGAUCUUAUUCCAUUUCUUGAAUAUGUUGGAAAACAUAGGCCAGCUGAUAUUCGAGUUGUAUUAGCUUCAUACCAAGGAUGUGAUAUUGCAAAGGAGUUUAUUAAACGAUCGAAGGAGCACCACAGGCGUAUGCAAGAGCAGAAGCAGACUGGUCGCUUAUGGCUUCGCUAGUGUUGAUUUUUGGAGGUUUCGAGUUUAAAAAGAAUAAAAGCAAUUAUCAUUGUAAUAAAUUAUAUGUAACUAAAGGAUUCAAUUCAAUUGUCCUCUAACAACAUGAUUGUAUUCUUUCUUUCACCAGCAAUAAAUUCACAUCAUUUGCUCCUUGCAUGAAAAUGA